UUGGAGUUAAGCCCCAGCUGCCAGUCAGGAGCUGCUGCAGGAGGCUCAGCUGAUCCUGGGAUCACUUGAGCAGACCUGUUUUCCCUGCAGGACAUGGCACAGACGGUGACAUCAGGCACCUCCCCCGAGGGGCCUCGUCCCUCCUACAUGUACAAGGUGGUGCUGCUGGGCAGCAUGUCCGUGGGCAAGUCCAGCCUGGCCUACAGACACGUGAGGAACGACUUCAGGGAGCUGCUGCCAACCGUGGGAUGCUCCUUCUUCACACAGACACUCGACCUGGAGGAGGCCACGGUCAAGAUGGAGAUCUGGGACACAGCAGGCCAGGAGAAGUACCACAGUGUCUGCCACCUCUACUACCGGGAUGCCCACGCUGCCCUCCUCGUUUAUGACAUUGCUAACAAGGAAACACUGAGCAGAGCAAAGAUGUGGCUGGAGGAGCUGGAGAAGAGAUUCCUUCCUGAUGAAAUUGUCAUUGCUCUGGUGGGCAACAAGACAGACCUUGCUGAUGAGAGAGAGGUCACCAGUGAGGAGGCAGAAGAGUUUGCACAAACAAAAGGCCUCCUGUUCAUGGAGACAUCUGCAAAAUCCAACUAUCAAGUAACUGAUGUCUUCAUGGCUGUGGUCCACGAGCUCCUGAGGAGGGAAAAAGAGAAGGCAUCCAAGCCAUCCCCACGUGGGAGGUCGACCGUGGACCUGAAGGGCAGCGGGGCAAGGCCGAGGUGCUGCUGGAGCUGAGGACUCUGUGCCCAGCAGGGCUGGACUCAACUUCCGUGAGGGGCAGUGACACAGCAGGGGGGACUCCGAGCUGCAGGGACAGCUCAGCCUGAGCACCUUCUCUCUCUGAAAGCCAGUGCAGAGCCCAGCCUGGCUACACAGGGCCUCCUUUAGCAUCAUCUCCAGCUGGGAGACAGAACACAAGGGUUUCUUCCACCGAUUUUCCAUUGCCAGAGAAAAGCACAGCCUGACAGGAACACUGCCACCAACCCUGACUGGUGACAUCCCCCCAGCUGUCACCUCUUCCAUCUCCCUUUCCAUCUGAAAAAGGAGGGUUUAAUUGCCCAAAGCAAUGAUCCCAGUGGUUUUACACCCAGGCUGAUAAUAAAGAGAGUAUUUCCCUAAAGGGUUGUUGUUUUUUUUUUUUAUCCUGUCCAUGUCAGCGUGUAGGAAGCCACAGGAAGCCUGGAGGUGGCAGGGACAGAGCCAGUGCUCUCCUCACCCCACCCACCCCAUCACAGGGCUCACAGCCCAUCCUUGGGAGCAAUCACCGAGCCAGAACGGGGCCAAAGCCAAUAUGUGGUGUCACUGUGCCCUGCGCCUUGCUCACCCUUAGCAUCCUUUACUCAAUCAUGAGUCCACUGUGGGAGCUCACCUUGGCUGGAAGAGGAGAAAAAAACCUGUCUGUGCUCCCUCCAAAGGUAGCACCACUCACCCUGUCUGCAGGGCAAUAAUCUCUGGGUUUUUGAGGCAUGGCAGUGUGGUGGACGGAGCAUCACAUUCUCCACAAGAGUUUCUGACCCCAGCUCCACAGAAAUGGAGUGGCUGUUGCUGACCCCAACUCAUGGAAAGGAAGGUGUCAGGGACACCCCUGGGAGCUGGCAUGCUGUGGGAUACAGCUGGGAACGGGGUCCCUCUUGCUAUAAAUACAUAAUAUGGUAUUGGUUUUUCACAAAUAUUAGGGUGGAUGCUGUAUAUGUGGUGUUGAAAGGGUUUCUAAGAUAUAGUUUUGGUAGGAGUAACAUAGGCUGAUGAAAUGUCUGUAGUAAGUGAACUGCCUGCUUAAUUAAAUAACACUCAGUAAAAAUACCUACUAGAAACACACCAGUUACCAGCAGCAACCAUCUAUAAAAAUUAAAGACCACAGCACAAAAUAAGAUUGAUAUAAAAAAUAAAUUCAAACCACAGCCAAGAAACAUGCAUGCUGUAGAAAGGCAGACUCAAGGCAUGGCCAUGUAAAACACUUCCCGGAAUAUGGAAAAUUUGUAGAAAAGUUUGAAAAUGUAUGAUGGGUCUAUGAAUAUGCAACGGGCUGGUGAAUUUAAGGGGUGUCUCCAAAACACUCCUAGAAUGCCAAGCACCCACCAUUAUAAUCUUUUGCUUCAUUGUUUGUCUCUCAUUGUCUUUUAUUAAACCUUUUAAAAUCUGCCAGGAAAGUGAACCUGGCUUUUCACAGUCUGAGCUUAUUUUUAGGGUGUUUUUUGGCGUGUGAGGGGAUAAACCUGAGAGGGAAGGGCUGUCAUGCUGCACACGCUGCCAGGGCAGGCGGAAAACCGUGGUGACCACGCAGAUCCCUCUCCAUCUUCCUCACAGGCUUCUUACUGGAGAACAAUCCCAGGGCUGCUUAUCCCCCUUUCCCUCACUGCAGGACUGCCACAGCAAGGAUGGAGAACGCACUUUGGCAGAUUUAGUAAACGUAAAACAACAAAAAACAACAAAUGUAAAACAACAAAUUCACAUUCUCUUGGUUACCACCGAACCAAUUUAAGCCUGCAUAAGAGGAAUAAGGAGGCAGGAAGCAGCAGCCACCAGCUGGUUUAGAAGGCUGCAGUCACACUGAGCACGAUGCAGCAUUGGGUGGGCAGCAACACAAAAAGCAGUUUCCAAGUUGGAGGUUCACUCAUGCCCACGCCAGCAUC